AUGGCAUACGUUCCUCCACACAGAAAAGGUGUUCCACCAAUUGAUGGUGCUCCAGCCUCUCCAAGCUCAGGCUUUGGUUCAAGAAAAACUUCAGGUUAUGGUUCAAGAAGUAACUCUGGUUAUGGUUCAAGAAGUAACUCUGGUUAUGGUUCUAGAAAUGGUUCCGGUUAUGGCGGCAGAAGCGGUGGCUUUGGUGGUAACUCUCCAAGACAACAAAGAGGUGAAGGUAAAUGGGUUGAUGGUGUCCAUGUUCCAGCCGAAAGAGACGCUGCAUUAGAGUUGUCCCUCUAUGGUGAAGAAGGUGAUUCCAAAUUCCAAUCCUCUGGUAUCAACUUUGAUAACUAUGAUGAUAUCCCUGUUGAAGCCACUGGUGAAAAUGUUCCAGAGCCAGUCAAUGAAUUCACUUCUCCUCCAAUUGAUCCUUUAUUAUUAGAAAACAUCAAAUUGGCCAGAUUCACAAAACCAACUCCAGUCCAAAAAUAUUCCAUUCCAAUUGUUUCUUCCGGUAGGGAUUUGAUGGCAUGUGCUCAAACUGGUUCUGGUAAGACUGGUGGUUUCCUUUUCCCAGUUUUAUCUGAAUCCUUCAAGAAUGGACCAGCUCCAAUUCCAGAAGAAUCAAACAGGUUUUCCAGAGGUAAGGCAUAUCCAACUGCACUAGUUUUGGCACCAACUAGAGAAUUAGCUUCUCAAAUUUAUGAAGAAUCGAAGAAGUUCAUUUACAGAUCAUGGGUCAAAUCUUGUGUUGCUUAUGGUGGUGCAGAUAUUGGCCAACAAAUUAGAAACUUAUCUAGGGGUUGUGAUUUACUUGUUGCCACUCCAGGUAGAUUGAAUGACUUAUUAGAAAGAGGUAAGAUUUCCUUGAAAAAUAUUAAAUACUUUGUUUUAGAUGAAGCCGACAGAAUGUUAGAUAUGGGUUUCGAGAAUCAAAUCAGAUACAUUGUCGAAGAUUGUGAUAUGCCACCAGCAGAAGAAAGACAAUCUUUGUUAUUCUCCGCAACUUUCCCUAAAGAAAUCCAACAUUUGGCAAGAGAUUUCCUUUCCGACUACAUUUUCCUUUCUGUUGGUAAAGUCGGUUCUACAUCCGAAAAUAUUACCCAAAAGAUCUUGUACGUUGAAGACGAAGAUAAACAGCCAACUUUAUUAGACAUCUUGGCAUCUACUGAUGAACAAGGUUUGAUCUUGGUUUUCGUUGAAACCAAGAGAAUGGCUGAUAUUUUAUCUGAUUUCUUGUACUCCCACAAUUUACCAGCAAACUCUAUUCACGGUGAUAGAACCCAAAGAGAAAGAGAAAGAGCUUUGGAAUUAUUCAAAUCUGGUAGAGCUCCAAUCUUGGUUGCUACUGCGGUUGCAGCUAGAGGUUUGGAUAUUCCAAAUGUUACUCACGUUAUCAACUACGACUUGCCAGGUGACUGUGAUGAUUACGUUCAUAGAAUUGGUAGAACUGGUAGAGCUGGUAACACUGGUUUAGCUACUGCAUUCUUUAACAGAGGUAACAAGAAUAUCGCUAGGGAACUUGUUGAAUUAUUAACUGAAGCUAACCAAGAGGUUCCACAGUUCUUAUCUUCAAUCUCGAGAGAAGGUGGUAGAGGUGGUUACUCUAGAGGUGGCAGAAACAACAACAGAGAUGUUAGAAGAAAUUAUGGCAGUAGUGGUAAUAGUAGAGGUGGCUCUUCCUGGGGUAGAGGUGGCUCUUCCUAUGGUGGUCAAUCUUAUGGCAACUCCUACGGUGGCGGCAACUCCUACGGUGGUAGCAGCUCAUAUGGCUCUUCUUAUGGUUCUUCGUCCAACAACUCAUCUUCUCAAUGGUGGUAA